GGCGCACAGGUUGGCCCGGGGCGGGGCGGGGUGGAGGAGGCCGCUGCCCCGGACUACAGCUCCCGUGGUGCCCCGCGGCGGAGCGGAAGGGCCCUGCUGGCCCGCGGCGCGGGGGUAGCUGCUCUAUCCGGGGCCUUGGCGCUUCUCUUCCUUUCGCGCCGGCUGCCGCUGUGGAGCGGCGAGUCCAUGUGCGCAUCGAGCGGCGCUGCCCUGCCCUCCGCCUCCCCGCGCGCCGCCCGCCCCGGCCCGGCCAUGGACCCCAACACCAUCAUCGAGGCCCUGCGGGGCACCAUGGACCCGGCUCUGCGGGAAGCCGCCGAGAGGCAGCUCAAUGAGGCUCAUAAGUCAGUGAACUUUGUUUCAACUCUGCUUCAGAUCACUAUGUCAGAGCAACUGGAUUUACCAGUGAGACAGGCAGGUGUUAUCUACUUGAAGAAUAUGAUAACUCAGUAUUGGCCUGAUCGUGAAACUACACCAGGGGAAAUCCCACCUUAUUCCAUCCCAGAAGAAGAUAGACAUUGUAUUCGUGAAAAUAUUGUAGAAGCCAUUAUUCAUUCCCCUGAACUAAUUAGAGUACAGCUUACUACUUGCAUUCACCAUAUUAUCAAGCAUGAUUACCCCAACCGCUGGACUGCAGUUGUGGAGAAAAUUGGUUUUUAUCUUCAGUCUGAUAACAGUGCUUGCUGGCUUGGAAUUCUCCUUUGUCUUUAUCAACUCGUGAAAAACUAUGAGUACAAGAAACCAGAGGAGCGGAGUCCCUUGAUAGCAGCAAUGCAGCACUUCCUGCCUGUUCUGAAAGAUCGUUUCAUUCAGCUUCUGUCUGAUCCAUCUGAUCAGUCUGUCCUCAUCCAGAAACAGAUCUUCAAAAUCUUCUAUGCUCUUGUUCAGUAUACGUUACCUCUGGAGCUGAUAAAUCAGCAGAACCUGACAGAAUGGAUAGAAAUUCUAAAAACGGUUGUGGACAGAGAUGUACCUGCUGAAACUCUUCAAGUUGAUGAAGAUGAUAGACCAGAAUUGCCUUGGUGGAAAUCCAAGAAAUGGGCUUUGCACAUCUUGGCUAGACUUUUUGAGAGGUACGGAAGCCCUGGUAAUGUUUCCAAGGAGUACAAUGAAUUUGCUGAAGUGUUCCUAAAAGCGUUUGCUGUUGGUGUCCAACAGGUGUUGCUGAAGGUGCUGUAUCAGUACAAGGAAAAGCAGUACAUGGCUCCUAGAGUUCUUCAGCAAACACUGAACUACAUCAAUCAAGGAGUGUCACAUGCUGUGACCUGGAAGAAUCUGAAGCCCCAUAUUCAAGGAAUUAUCCAAGAUGUUAUAUUUCCACUGAUGUGCUAUACAGAUGCUGAUGAGGAGCUGUGGCAAGAAGACCCAUAUGAAUACAUACGUAUGAAGUUCGAUGUGUUUGAAGACUUCAUUUCUCCUACAACUGCUGCUCAGACAUUGUUGUUUACAGCAUGUAGUAAAAGAAAAGAGGUCCUGCAGAAGACCAUGGGCUUUUGUUAUCAGAUCCUCACAGAGCCAAAUGCUGAUCCCCGUAAGAAAGAUGGUGCUUUACAUAUGAUUGGUUCUUUGGCUGAAAUUCUCCUAAAAAAGAAGAUAUACAAAGAUCAGAUGGAGUACAUGUUGCAGAAUCAUGUGUUCCCUCUCUUCAGCAGUGAGCUGGGCUAUAUGAGAGCACGGGCUUGCUGGGUCCUUCAUUAUUUCUGUGAAGUUAAAUUUAAGAGUGACCAGAACCUCCAGACAGCCCUAGAACUCACAAGACGAUGUCUGAUUGAUGAUAGGGAAAUGCCUGUGAAAGUGGAAGCUGCCAUAGCACUUCAGGUUUUGAUCAGUAAUCAAGAGAAAGCUAAGGAAUAUAUUACACCAUUCAUUAGACCUGUAAUGCAAGCUCUGCUUCAUAUUAUAAGAGAGACUGAAAAUGAUGAUCUUACCAAUGUGAUUCAGAAAAUGAUCUGUGAAUAUAGUGAAGAGGUUACUCCCAUUGCAGUAGAAAUGACCCAGCAUUUGGCAAUGACAUUUAACCAAGUCAUUCAGACUGGACCAGAUGAAGAAGGCAGUGAUGACAAAGCAGUGACAGCAAUGGGAAUUUUGAAUACCAUUGAUACACUCCUCAGUGUAGUUGAAGAUCACAAAGAGAUUACGCAACAAUUGGAAGGGAUCUGUUUGCAAGUUAUUGGAACAGUUUUACAGCAGCAUGUUUUAGAAUUCUAUGAAGAGAUCUUUUCCUUGGCUCACAGUCUGACAUGUCAGCAAGUCUCUGCACAGAUGUGGCAGCUUUUGCCUCUUGUUUUUGAAGUUUUUCAGCAGGAUGGCUUUGAUUACUUUACAGAUAUGAUGCCUCUCUUGCAUAAUUAUGUAACUGUCGAUACAGACACGCUUCUGUCUGACACAAAAUAUCUUGAAAUGAUCUACAGUAUGUGUAAAAAGGUCCUUACCGGAGUUGCAGGAGAAGAUGCAGAAUGUCAUGCAGCAAAGCUAUUGGAAGUCAUCAUUUUACAGUGCAAAGGGCGUGGCAUUGAUCAGUGUAUACCUUUAUUUGUGGAAGCUGCAUUAGAGAGAUUGACCAGAGAGGUGAAAACAAGUGAACUGCGAACGAUGUGCCUCCAGGUUGCCAUAGCUGCUCUGUAUUACAACCCUCAUCUGUUAUUAAAUACCUUGGAAAAUCUUCGUUUCCCCAAUAACGUGGAGCCUGUCACUAAUCACUUCAUUACACAGUGGCUUAAUGAUGUAGACUGUUUCUUGGGACUUCAUGAUAGAAAGAUGUGUGUGCUGGGCUUGUGCGCUCUUAUUGAUCUGGAGCAAAUACCACAGGUUUUAAAUCAAGUUUCAGGACAGAUCUUGCCAGCUUUUAUCCUUUUAUUUAAUGGAUUGAAAAGAGCAUACGCUUGCCAUGCAGAGCAUGAAAAUGACAGUGAUGAUGAUGAUGAAGCUGAAGAAGAUGAGGAAACUGAGGAAUUAGGGAGUGAUGAAGAUGAUAUUGAUGAAGAUGGACAAGAAUACCUAGAGAUUCUGGCAAAACAGGCAGGAGAAGAUGGAGACGAUGAGGACUGGGAAGAAGAUGAUGCUGAAGAGACUGCUCUGGAGGGCUAUUCAACAAUUAUUGAUGAUGAAGACAACCCUGUUGAUGAAUAUCAGAUAUUUAAAGCAAUUUUUCAGACAAUUCAGAAUCGUAACCCCGUUUGGUACCAAGCUUUGACACAUGGUCUUAAUGAAGAACAAAGAAAACAGUUACAGGACAUAGCAACUCUAGCAGAUCAAAGGCGGGCAGCCCACGAAUCCAAAAUGAUUGAAAAGCAUGGAGGAUACAAAUUCAAUGCUCCAGUUGUGCCAAGUUCGUUCAAUUUUGGAGGUCCAGCCUCAGGAAUGAAUUGAAUUAUCAUUUUUCCUGCUACUGUGUGAUUGUAGUGAAGAGCUUGUGUUCCUCCCAAUAGUGGUUCCAGAACUGGUUCAUGUUAUCUACAACUCACUCUAAACGAAUUGAUAAACAGAUUGGACAAAAAAACCCCAGGAAGUGGGACCUGAUCAUGCAACCUAAUACUGGAAAGCAAACCAGAGGUUUUUUGAAGAUAGGAAGAACCUGACUUGAAAGCUUCAAAUGACACACUGUGGAAAUCUGAAAUCAAGAGGGGAUGUCAUGAAGGCAGCUUUUCUUUUUCUGAGGAAAAAAUAGGCAUGGGCUGCAGGACUAUUUAAAAUGUCUCAUUUACAGGACAAGCUAGAAGGCUGAUUUAAUUUUGACACUUGUGGCAGUAUGAGUAUUGGCCCAAUUUCCUUCCCUGUCCCUCCUCUCUAUUGGGUGUUUAUUCUUUUCAUGUAAAUAAGAUAAGGUAAUCGGAUAGCCUUACUUAAUCUUCAUCAUUUCCAUUCAUCAAGAUUGUUCAUAUGUAGAAUAUUGGACACUUAUUGUAGCACUACAUAACUGGUAAAUCUGUAAAUGAAUUAGCACUUUCAUAUUGAAACAAGCCUGCUAGCCUAUGUACAAAAUAGCAAAAUGUUUGCUGUUUAUUAAAAAAAAAAAAGAAAAAAAAAAGGAUGUAAUGGGGAAAAUAAUUUCAAGUUUUAAUUUAAAAUUAACUAGCAGUUUUGUACCUGGUGACUUUGUGGUGCAGUCACCUCUGGUUGUGACUUGAAUUCGGUUAUGUAAAAAGGGGUUAGUGAUAUUUCAUUGCUGCUAAAAAACAAACAAACAAAAAAAAGGCAACACCCUCUGUGUCCUUUGUUUUUCUUAAAGCUCUCAAUGUACAAGUGGAAAUUUGGAGACAAAAUCUUAAUGUAAGCACUGAGAAACAUUAUCUUCUCUGAAGCAUGUAAAUUGGACAUGAAAUUCUGCUCUUAAAGAGUUUAUUGAAGUGUGUGGAUGAAACAUCUAUAUAUGCAAUCUAUUAAAAAUUAAUUCGGCUAACUUGGGCUUGAUCUAUGAUUGCAGUUUAUUCCUAAUUUUGCAAAAUAAUUCAUCCUGUUUUUUUCCCAGCAACUGGUAGUGGCUUUAACCACUACAUUUCCUUCCCUGUUUUUGCACUCCCAGCAUUAAUAUGUGCUCUGUUUGCCUGGUCCAGAUGGGAUGUUUGAGGUUUCACCAAGCUUUCACUUUUGAAGCCAUACUUUCCCCCUUCAUCUCCAGCACCUCCAGCUGUUAUAGUACCUCGUAUUUUAGCUAGAAAGGCAAAAUAAAGUUCCCUUUGGGACCACUGUCAAAACCACUCUAUCUAGAAGCCAGCAGUAAGGUGCUGUGAAUGGGCUGGUUUAUUGCCCCUUUUCUUCUCUGAAAAUCUAAAUUAAUAGUUUGAUCCUGUGUUGAGAUCAUUGGUGUCAAAUCUUUUAAAGCAAACAUUCUUUCUUUUGGCUGUUUUUAUAUGUCACCUGCUGUUACAACUGAUAUUAAACAAGCUACCUUAAUUUAAAUGUAAGCCUCCAAAUCUUAAAUGCAGGUUAAAAUGAACUGAGUUUAUAUCUGUAAAAAAUGAAACUGAAAUGCACAUAUAUAUAGAUAUAUAUAUAUUAUGAUAUUCAAAAUGCAGUCUUCAGAAAAUUG